AUGGACCUCUUCCACGACGGGGCCUUCGUGCGGCUGCGGAGCCGCGCGAACCGCAAGUACGUCCACGCCGACGGGGACUGGGAGGGGGUCUCCCUGCGCUCGCGCGGCUCCGCCCCAUCCCUGGAACUGGAAGCGGUGUGGCGGGUGGAGCACUGGGUGAACCAGGGGACGACCUUCCUCCGCCUCCAGAACGCCGCCUACGGCCGCUACCUCUCGCUGUCGGGCGAGGAUGCGCCGCCCGGCCACCGCGGCCUCAAGGCCGUCCAGCGCGACCUCGACGAGCCCGACAUGGUGAAUUUCUUCUUGUGGAGGUGGAGGGUCGAGAGGGUGUACCCCUUCCAGGACUACGUCCGCCUGCGCCACUUCAACCGCGACCUCCGCGCCAACGGCAGGCUCCGCAGGUGGAACACCGGCGUCACCGUCGACUUCAACCGAGGCCGCAGGCUCACCACCAUGAUGCAGUGGACGGUCCACCUCGUCGCGGCAACCCCGGUACCGAUGCCCCUUCCAGCUGCACCUCAGCAUCAGAUUCCGGGAGGCUGCCGCCGAGGCCUGUUGUUCUGGCGGCGCACCGGGCGCGGGCCCGGGAUUUAUCAGCUUCCGCAGCGGGAGAUCCGGCACGUGCGGGCGACCGAUGAAGGGAACUUCGACCAGAACCAUCACAACUGGCCCUCAUUCGAUAUCUACGACCACUCCGUGUUCAACCUGAGGAUCCAGCUGGGGCAACUUCAGCACGACUGGGACGGGGAAAUGUUCGGCUUCACGUUGUGCAUGCGGCCCGGCUCGCAUGGCCGGCUAAUGCCGCUGGUCACCGACCUGCCUCUCAGCUUAGAACCCAUGUACAUCGUCGUCUUCAGGACCGGAUCACCAGGUGACUACUCUGGAACUUUCUCAGCGUUCUGUGGAGCACUUGUUACCUGCUGUGAUCUCACAGUUUCAGCAUUUGAGAUGUUUAAAGUUUUCAGGCUCAAGUUCAGUUCUGUAUAG